AUGGGCAUCAAUAGAUGUGCUGGGCCAUCCUUCUUGUUUGAAGAGGGCCAUGGUGGGGGUGACCAGGCUGGGGUACCUGGUCCUGUUGCCUGUGCUGGACCUGUUGUAAUAGUGGGAGAGAUCCAGUCCAUUGCUGGCCUCGAGUCUUUUGAGCUCGCCCAUAAUUCUUCAAGGGAACUCGGAGCUGCUGCUGGAGGCUGGGGACAGGGAGCAUGGAUGAUAGGACUCGGUGUCCUCUUCUCCACUGGCAGGGUUGCUGUGAACUCAUACUUGUCCUUCUUCGGAGUCAAAGGACCAGGGAGCGGGGGAAAAGUGUCUCUGGUCUCAGGGCGGUAUGGUAUAUGGGCCUGGCAAUGUCGUAGACAAUCACGGGUCCUUGAUUUUGGGGUUGGAUGGGUCUUCCAUUGUGUAGGGUCGGAUAGGGAGGUGGUGGUGAUUAUUAUGGCUGCUCUGAGGAGUAUGCCAGUAAUGAUGAUUGCGAUGAUUGUUGAGGGUAGGGUAGUCAUAUGCAUUGGUCCCCAUGUCAGGAGUGUCUUCAGCAAGGGCAGGUCAAUGGAUGCUGGAUUCAGCAAAGGAGAGGAUGGUGGCUCAGCUCGAACCUUCUCUGGGGAGGGUGACGAGGACGACGCCAGACAUGCAGAGUUUCACAAUGACCAGGAUUGGUACUCCAUGGAAUUUGCAGAGACACAUCAUCUUGAGACCACUGUGUUCUCGGUCUUCAGAUUAUAUCAGUCACAGAAGGUUACACGUUACAACUUCAAAGGACCUACUCCUCUCCAGAGCUCGCUUAACUGGCGGGGCUCUAGCUAA